AUGCCGAUGCAUCAGGGAUUCCUACCCCGCGAGGGUUUCUGCCUCGAUGUCGUUCUCAAGCUCUUCCGCAGAACCGCUGGGAACCCGGUCCUUCUCCUCCCCCUCGUCUUGCUCGCAAGAUUCUCCAAGAGAGGCCGAGACUGGGCAAUCUUGCACCCCAAGACAGCCCGACGCCUGAGAAUGCUAUUCUGCUUUGCCGUCUUGCGACGUCUGAGCGCUUGGUAUUCGGACAAAAUGCGCAACAAUUGGGUCCACGACCAAUAUGUCUGGUCCAAGGAAAUUGUCCUUGUUACUGGCGGGGCUGCCGGUAUUGGAGCAAGCAUGGUGCGGCUCUUUGCCGAGAAAGGCAUCACUGUUGUUGUGCUGGAUGUUCAGCCCAUGACUAUGAAAACCAGCUCGAGGGUCCAUCACUAUCAAUGCGACCUCAGAUCGCCCGAUGCCGUUAUUGCGGUGGCAGACCGAAUUCGAGCCGAAGUCGGCCAUCCUUCUGUGCUAAUCCACAACGCCGGCGUUGCCAGAGGUAAGACUAUUAUGGACGCUGAGCCAGCAGAUGUCCGGUUCACCUUUGAUGUCAACGCUCUGUGUCACUACUGGGUCACCAAGGCAUUCUUGCCCAACAUGGUUUCUACAAAUCACGGCAUCAUUGUUACCGUGUCAUCGAUUGCUGCAUGGACUGGUCUUCCCGACUUGGUCGACUAUGGUGCUUCGAAGGCUGCCGCUCUGGCUUUCCACGAGGGCCUCUCAGGAGAACUCAAGUUUCGCUACAACGCCUCCAGGGUUCGGACGAUUACGGUCCACCCUGGACACACCCAAACCGCGCUGUUUGCAGGUUUCAACCAGGGCAACUCAUUCGUCCUUCCCAUGUUGCACCCUGACUCUAUUGCCGAAGCUGUGGUCAAGCAGGUGCUCACUGGACGCAGUGGGACGGUUGUUCUGCCCGAGACCGGAUCGAUGCUGUCAUGGCUCCGAGCGCUGCCCGACUGGUAUGGCAUCCGUGUGAGAUCCAAGGCUCAGGGGAGUAUGAAGAACUGGUCAGGGCGGCAAGUGAUACAAGAUGUCGGUGCUGUGCAUCAACGUGCCGAGAGCCAGCAUGACGAGCCGAGCGAGAGCACGGUGCUGGUAUCAUAG